CCAGUUUCUUCCGUUACGACUGGUGUUUUGAGCAGUGAUCCAACCCCAGGUUUAGUGCCAUAGAAGAACCUCACACCAAUGAUGUCAUCAGGGUAUGCCAGGAUCUGGAUUGACUUAUAGUCAAGGAAGCGCCCUCCCUAGCGCCAGAUUAAAGAGAAGACAGAUUCUUACAGGAUUGCUAAAAUUGGCCAGAAUUCCAAGAGAACAAAUCUCGUCGUUUAGUUUUAGCCUUGCAGAAUCCUGAUUGAUUUCAAGGAAAAAGUCUUCGAGGGGUUCGAAAGACAUGAGGCCUGAAAAUAACAAUCUUAAUAGGCUUGGCCGGGGUGCAAGUGGGGGUUGAAUAAGUUACAUCAUCUACCUGCAUUUGACAGAAAUUUGGUCUUCUACCUAAGUGUUAGGGCCACAUUAGACCACACGUUUUAACUACGUGAAUACGAUUGUGACAAACAAACAUUGUCCCGUCUGUGGUAUGCCCCGUUCUCUUCGUCACCUAUGAUGACUAAUAUCCAGAUACGCCACGUCUUGACGUCCGCGGCAGAAAGCUAGCGAACCUUUGAUUCGGUGUCUACGUGAGUAUAGGUCCGCCAUUUUCGUUGCAUUGUCCGCUAUCUGCUUGCAAUAACGAUGACCCAUAUUCCGCCCGCCCGAUAACAGCAAAACCACCCAAAAUCGAAUGCACUUUUUUCGAUAAGACCGUUAACCGUUCCGUUUCAUGGCUAGAUUUUGACGUAUCUUAUCAUGGAUCACAAAGUGCAAUUAAAUUGCAACAAAUUUGUGUCUAGCCGUCUAGCCGUCGAUUGAUACAAAGGCAGGCGCGGCAACAACAGUCUGCUAACAUCGUUCGGCAUGGUAGGCACAAGUGUACCGGAACUGAAGAUCUGGCCUUAAAGUGAUACGUUACAAUUGCACUAUGAUUGGUCAACCGGAAUCGAUUCCACUGCAAGCCACUGGUCCAGCUCGAAGAAUAGUUGAAGAGGAAGAAACCGGCCGAGGAGAGGAUAGUGGCAGGACCGAAGAACGUACACCGUCGAUCGAUGUGCACAACAUUGCUGGACUGAUCACGAUCCUGACGGUCAACAUUCAUCAACUCGAGUCCUUGCUGCAGGUGGGCACGGAUUUGGGAUUCAAGUUCUGGCUCAACAUUUUCCUCGUGUCCAUUUCGAUUGUGUGUGUGUACCCGUUGCUCGUGCUGCGCAUGCUACAGGGUGAAGGAUACGCCCCUUCGCCCCGACGUUACUGGGCUAGCUUUGUGUUGAUGGUGAUCAUUUUCACGAUCAACUUAACGCUGCAGAUAUUCAACGAUUUGGAUGCGCAGUGCACGGUGCUCCUGAAUCAAGCCUUGCCACCGAUCCCGCAAACUUCAGGGAAUUGUUCCGUGUAAUUGUGCACGUAAUAAUGGAGCAUG